AUGUCGUCCAGCAGUGUGACCGGUCCCUUUUGGGGCCAAUUGAAUUGGCUGCAUGUCUACAUUGCCGGCACUGCGUUUGCAGUCUGCGCGUUCGUCGCAUUGGUCAUAAUAAUGUCGUCGCAGAAGCGGAAAAUUGACUAUAACAGCGGUGUUUUCACCUAUCUCAAGUUCGCAUAUGCGACAUUCCUCAAGCCCCACGAGAAACACGGAAAUGGCCAACAAGAUGCUCUCGAGAGCUUCUACAAGACGCAGGCCGGUGUGUAUGACGCCACUCGCAAGCGUUUGUUGUGCGGUCGAGAGGAUAUGCUGGGUCUGGUUGCGGCUCAACUCAAGCACAAGGUCGAGAAUAAGCAGCUUCAGUCUGGCAAGGCUGUCUGGGUUGAUAUUGGCGGAGGCACUGGAUACAACAUCGAAGCCAUGUCUACCUUCCUUCCCGUUAAGGAUUUCUUCUCCCGCGUUUAUCUGGUCGAUCUAUCGCCCUCGCUCUGUGAGGUGGCCCGUCAGCGCUUCGAAAGGCUGGGAUGGAAAAAUGUCCACGUUGUCUGCCAGGAUGCUCGCUCCUUCCGUUUGCCGGAGGAUGACAAGAUCGGUCCCCGUAGCGAGAGCAGCGCUGGUGCCGACUUGGCAACAAUGAGUUAUAGCCUGUCUAUGAUUCCAGUCCAAAGCAUUGUUGAUGUCUCGUCGCGUAACUACACUGGCGGUGCUUUCAACCGACAUGUGAACUGGCUCGGUCGUGUCUUCUGGCGCGCCUGGUUCGAUGUGGACCGGGUCAGCUUGGAGGCAGCCCGCCGUGACUACUUGGAGUACCGAUUCGGAACUGUCAUCUCUGCCAGCGAGAGAAACUACCUUUUGGGCGGUAUCCCAUACUAUAUCUUUGUCGGUUGUCAAAAGGACUCGACCACCCAUUCUGGUCGUGAGGCCAUUGAGAAGCUGAACGCCUCAUUCACGGAAUCGCCGUACCUCUCCCCGGCCAACCACCGCAAGGAGAUGGAGACUGCUGUUGUGAACAGCACGCAGGAAAUCAAAUCCAAGGCAUACGAGUCGGCUGUGAUCAAUUUGAGCGCGAACCUGCCUCUCCCCUCGUCCUUUUACCAGAACCACCACCAUCGUAUCUUCUACAAUGACCUUCUGCCGAAGCACACUCAGUUCGGAAAUGAGUACAUCUAUGCUUUCAACUGGGAAGACCCCCGCGUUGACCACCGCUUGCUGGAUAUCAAGCGAGACGAUGUCAUUCUGGCCAUUACCAGCGCCGGUGACAACAUCCUUGACUAUCUCCAGAAGAGCCCGCGUCGUGUCCAUGCGGUCGACUUGAACCCGAAUCAAAACCACUUGCUGGAGCUCAAGGUAGCCAGCUUCAUGGCUCUGGGCCACCGCGAUGUGUGGAAGAUAUUCGGCGAAGGAAAGCAUCCUGAGUUCCGCAAGCUACUCAUCUCCCGACUGAGUCCACACCUCUCCAGCCAAGCCUUCCAGUACUGGUUGGAGCAUACCCAUAUCUUCACCUCCUCUUCUGGUAAGGGACUCUACGAGACGGGUGGAUCGCGCCACGCUAUCAAAAUGGUCCGCUACCUCUUUAAAGUCUUCGGUCUGGAAAGCCAGGUGCAACAGCUUUGUGAGGCUCAGACCCUGGCGGAGCAGCGCAAGAUCUGGCCCCGCAUCCGCUCUGUCCUGAUGAGCAAGCCUCUUCACUGGGCAGUGGUGGGAACGGAAUGGUUUGCAUGGAAGGCCGCAGGCGUGCCUCGCAACCAGCGUAACAUGAUUGUCGAUGACUACUUCAAGAGAAACGGACUGAACAAGGACAUGAAGCAGGCGAAGGAUGUCAGUGGCAAGUCGAUCUGGGAGUACGUGGUGGAUACCUUGGACCCCGUGGUCCAGGAGACUUUGAUUAGCAACGACAACUACUUUUACUUACUCUGCUUGCAGGGACAGUUCUCACGGAGAUGCCAUCCCGCAUACCUCUCCCCCAAAGCCCACGUGAAGCUGUCCUCGCCCGGCGCAUUCGAUGGUCUCCGCAUCCAUACAGACGAGAUCAACGAGGUAAUCAAGCGGAUCAAGCCGCGCAGCCUGACUAUCGCUGUGGUCAUGGACUCCAUGGACUGGUUCGACCCUGAAGGCGAAGAAGCCUCCAUCCAAGCACAAAAGCUCAACCACGCCCUAAAGAUGGGCGGCCGGAUACUACUCCGCUCUGCGAGCAUCGAGCCAUGGUAUAUCCAGCAAUUUGAGCAGAACGGCUUCUCCGCACGUCGUGUUGGCGCCAGAUUCCCGGGAACAUGCAUUGAUCGUGUAAACAUGUACGCCUCAACCUGGAUCUGCACCAAGACGCAAGAACUCGAACGUCCGGCACCUAGUCGCGCCAUGUCGGCUGUCAUUGGACAACAUCACCCCAAAGAGAAACAGCGUAGAGCAUCUUGA